CAUUUAUUUGGUUUAUCCAGUAUACAUGCACCACGCGCCUCAUGCUGGAUAUUUUUUGAACCAAUAUUAGUGCUACUACCAGUGAACAUAAACUUUGCCAAUUAGGUUUUCAACAGUCAUUCUUGGAUAUUCGAAGAAGUCGGAUAUAAGUAACUCUAUGCAGCAGUCUAAAGUGAUAUUUGUUGUUUCCUCGUUUAUUUCGGAAAAAAUCAACCAUAAGUUCGAUAGCUCGGCACAAUGACGGUGACCUGUGAAAUCAAGUUUGAAAACAACCCUCAAAGUAUAUUUUACGUGGGUCAAACAUUGAACGGAACUGCAGUACUGCAACUUUCCGAGGCCGAAUCGGUAACUGGUGUCUACGUCCAAAUCGAAGGCUUCACGGCGGUCCACUGGAAAAAACGUCCACCGCAGGGACAACGACAUGGCUCGAAACAAUUCAGCGGCCGAGAAGACUACCUCAACACACUCACGUACGUGGUAGGUGGUGAGAACGGGGCACCGCUCGAGAUAGCCCAGGGUACACACGUUUUUAAAUUCGUCUGCGCACUACCCGACACACUACCAACCUCAUUCGAGGGCCAGUAUGGACACGUUCGCUACACAAUAACAAUCUGUGUGGAGAGACCGACCCAGCAGAAUACGAUCUACCGGGAAGCGAUCACCGUUCUCCGGCAGCUCAAUCUCAACGACGAUCCGACACUUCGGGGAAUGAAAAAGCUCGAACUGAGCAAACAAUUUGGCUGGUGGGUUUUCAAAUCGGACCCCUUGGAUAUCACGGUGGAAGUUCAGUCCACCGGAUUCGUUCCAGGACAAAGUAUUCCCGUGUUGGUACAGUGGAAUAACGGCAGCAAAGUGAUUAUUCAGGGAAUUCGAAUAAAAUUGUAUAAGAAUGAGAUAUACUUUGCAACGGAUCCAUUUGAAAAAUCACGCACCGAUACGCAGAGUAUUGCCAAGAUUGAGAAUCGCGAUGCCCACACCCAGGGGCUGGUUAAAUUUGAAAGGAAUCUCCCUAUUCCAGCCACUCCACCGAGUGCAGUUAGUCCAUUGAUAACGAUAUCAUACGACCUGGUAGUUUACAUCCACAUUUCCACCGGAGAGAUCCCAGAGUUUAAGAUACCAAUCACCAUUGGAACUAUCCCACUAACUGGAUUACCUCCGAUAAGAGCACCGUCAGAAGACACCAGCGUUGAUCGUCCCUCUCACCCUCCAACAUACGGAUUCAACGUAGAAAGACUUCAGUCCGAUUUUCCUGGCAAUAAGGCUGGCGCUCCUACAACAUCUCAAACCGUGGAACCUACCACAGCUUCUCCCCCAGGAGGAACUGAAACUCCAUUAAUCGAUCUUCCUCCACCAUCAUAUGAGGAGGCAAUGCACGCUAAUACCACGAAUCUCCAAGAGGAUGAAGACUCUACCCUAACCGGCUUCAAACCACGAUACCCAGUAUAUAAUUUCGAUGGUUCUGGUCCUAGCCAGCAGUGAUUUUUAUUAGGCUUCCUCCACAAACACACUUGUUUUUAUUUCUAUUUAAUAAAUGUUGUA